GCAAGCGUAUUACUAUCUCUUUGCUUUACGUGUUCGUAACAAUCUUCUAAUUAUCUUUCGGCUUGACAUUUGAGUGGCAUGAAAUAUUUAUCUUCAAAACAUCGAAACACGCACGCACAAGCGUACAGUUCUUUGAACAGUUCUUUGUUGUGGACUGUGUUUCGCUAAAAAAAAAACAAAGUAGUCCCCAUCCCUUGAAUUACCUACUCUUAUAAUAAAAUAAUGAGAAACUUCCGUCCCUUGCUCGGUUUCCGGGGGUAUUGUAUUGUAUUUGAGAUGGACGUCCAUUCAGCAAUUAAGUGAAUUACAAGCUAUCUUAAAGCCGAGCGGGGUAACCCAAGGUCAUAGGGGAUCAGGGGGUAGAAAUACAGUGAACAUAUAGGUUUUUGAAAUUUGUAUGAAAUUGCUUAUAAAUGACACUGAAACCAACACUGUGUAUGGCGUUGUUAGUGCCCUGGUGGAGUUUCGAGAAGUUUUCAUUGCUACUGUAUUUCUAACCCCUGGUCCCUGUACGGGCCCGCAAAUAAUCCCCGGCCCGCAAAUGACCCCCCAAAAAAGCACACGGUAGGCUCGCAAAUGACGCCCCAAAAACAACAUAGCAGGUCCGCAACUCUUGUUGUAAGCUAAUAUUGGAUUGGAUUCCGCAUUUGUUUUUCUAGAAUUCCCGUUUCAAGGUCGCUAAAAACACGCUAAGUCCCGCAGACAUUUAUCAUUAUAUUGGGUUAUUGUGAUAGAAAUGCAAUGGAUACAGAGAGUUUAGAGAAAAAAAAAACUUUUUUUCGAAUUGGCCGGCUAUUCGAACGGAUCCGUACCCCGACUAGAAAAUGCUAUUUUAAUAAUUCUUAUGUUUAUUCUAAUGUUGUUGUUAUUUCUUCAACUUUCAAUGUUCUACAGUGCUAUAGAAACAUAGCGCUUCAUAAAUUUCAAAUGGAUUUCGUUUGUAAUGUUUUGUUUUUCAUCGGUAGAGGAUUAGCCUGCUAGCCGGCUCUCCGGCUAGAAGGCUUUGGGCUAGUAGACGAUAGGAUUCCACAGGAAUCCCGAAUCUCCGGAGAGCCGGCUAGUAGAGAAAAGGAUUCCACAGGAAUCCCGAAUCUCCGGAGAGCCGGCUAGUAGAGGAUAGGAUUCUAGCUGGUGCGACACUUGAGAUUGCCGACUACAAUCGUCUCUCCCGCGUGAAGGACUAUAGGAUAAAGAUAGCUUAGCACUCCCCGGCAACAACAUUCUUAACGUAUUUCGAUAGGUUUGUACAGGUUUAACAGGAUUUUCCUAUUGUGUAUGGCCUUUUGCCAUACGAUUACAAAAGUCAUUAGAGCGCGAGGGAGCAAUUGUCAUGUUUGGUACUUUUCAAGUCACGAUGCCAAAGAAGCCCCAUAAGCCCCAAGAAAUCGUCCUCCAGCGUCUCCCAUCACUGGUAAAUCACCAAGAACUAUGCGCGAUAGGAAUGGAGCGCCGCGAGAUCCCCGAUGAAUGCAUCACGGCCUCGUCUUCUUCUCCACAUUCCGCACCAAUCUACGCGCGGCUGAACUGCAACGAAGGAGCCUGGAGUGCAAGCAGCGACUCGAAAGAUCAUUUUCUCCAGAUAGACCUCGGAGCUGUGUAUGACGUCACUUCUGUUGCUACCCAAGGGGAUGGAGAUAGGGGAGAUUACGUCACAGCUUAUAAGUUGAAGUAUUCUUUGGAUGGAGUGUCCUGGGAAUACUGUUUGGAAAUGGGAAAAAAGGACUCUCAGGUUUUUGAGGGUAAUAAAGAUUGCACAUCAGUUGUAAGGCGGGACCUGUCUCCACGCGUACAAGCAAAGUUUGUCCGAUUUUGUCCAGUCAAGUGGAUCCAGUCUCCGACCAUGCGAGUUGAAGUGUACGGGGUACCGUCUAGAAAUGUGACUUAUGAUACAACACUAAAGAUCACAGACAUCCACGGGAUGGGCAUACAAGGGUGCCCCACCCUACAGUUCAAAAUUCAGCUGUUUGGCGAGAAGGGUUUCACUCGUAGGAUCCCUCUAGAGAUUUCGGCUACCGUGGAGGACAGAGACACAGCCGAGGACAUGACAUACAAGCGGAAACUGAUAGCCGCCGAUGUGGGAUGGGUGAAACACAUCAAAAUGACGUAUGAGAAUGGCAAUGACGUCAGUACGGAUGACCGGCCCUCGCUUAUCCAAAGAAUCCGUCGCCUCUCGUCAUCCGGGGACUCCAGCUCGCUCAUCCAGCAGGAGUCUGGGUUUUUUGUGGACCAGUUGGAUGUGGAUAUUGGCGAAUCUGGCCAGCACUUCACUUUUCCCUGCAAGCAGUGGCUGGUGCAACGGAAUACCGCGUUUGAUGCAACACAUCGCCACAAGUCACGAAUCGCGAGCGCUACCUCAAAUAUUGCUAUAGACGACGAGGACUUCGAGCACUUGCUACAUCAGGAGAGGGAAGAUACAUCGGCAGAGGAAUGGAAAUCCAUCAAAGCUUCACAAGGAAUCAGGACAUGGCGACGGGAUCCAAAGAAAAUGGAAACAACCCCUCUCACCAAGACUACAUUUGACCUUGAAGGCAUUCCUUUUGACGACGCUAUCCAACUAAUAUCAAACUUGGAACUACGAAAGAAGUGGGACAUGACAUUCCAGAAAGUUAUUAUUCUCGAAGACGAGGGAGAUGCGCAUAUAUUGUACUGCUGUCUGAGGAUGCCUCGGUUAUUCCGCAUGUGCGAUCUCGUCAUCUCUACAAAGAACAAAAGAUACCAUGGUGAUGAGCCAUGUCACGUGACCGCGUGGUGUAGCACCAGUCAUAGUAGUGUGUCAGAGGAAGCAACAGCGACACUCAAGAGGUUGAAUGUUCGUCUAUCGGGGCUUGUGAUAAGACCUAAGGACGAUGGCUCCCAGUCCUCCAAAGUCACACUUCUUACGCGAAUGAAAAUAACCGAGGCAACUUCUUGGCCCCUGAAGAGUACGUACCUUAAUGGCCACCCCGCACAAUGGAUCAAACAAUUACACGAAUAUUACAGGGAACACGGUAUAGAAAAAGUCAAAGAGACGGAUCCCCUGAUGGAACAGAAUGAUGAUGAAGUGUUCUAAUGCAAACGAGGAAUCUUUCACAUUACUUCCAUUCAUGUGACAGGAGGUCUAGGAGGCGUUAUCAGUAUCUAGAAGAAUUUUAAAAAGAGAAUUGAAAAAUCUAACCGAUGAAUGGAUGAGAGGUGGCCACGCACAUUCGGAAACACCAUAUUAGGAAAACAAUGUAUCGAGCAAUAAAUUUUCCCGCCUAAUGGUUGUAGUUCCCGUAAAAUGGCGCGUUCGCCUGAUAACCAAAGCUUGUGAGUUCUCAGGAUUUUGGACACGUUUCAACAGUUUUGCUGGUUUCUGGUCUAGCUAUGUGCUUAUAUCAUUUGCCAUGUUUGGCCAUAGCGACGCCUGCCUAGAAACGCCUGCGGGGGAGGCUUGUUGUAGUGUAGUGUAUUGGCAGAUCUCGCCGCAUUAUCUAGUAUUUUUUAUUGGAUUAUUCAUCAUGUCACCUUUCUUCAAAAUUUCAAUUCUAGAAUAUAAAUAUAUCCUUCGGCAUGAUAUUGUGGAAAAGAAUACUUUCGAUAUCUUAAUUCGGCCGAAACUCCAACAAUAUAUUUACGGUCUUGUCUCCGUUUCUUUGACUACUCGAAUGGUCACAUCAUCAUCACUAUCCAAAAAUUUUGGCGGUGUUGUGUUUAGUGUUUCAACUACCCCUCCCGAUUGUGUAUAGAAAGAAGCGUUUGGAUUAAAAUAUCAUAACAUUUUAUUUUAUGCGUUAAAUCAUCAUAUUGUACAACAUUUAACAAAAUCUGUGACAUUCUUGUAAUAACACAAGUUAUAGUGUGUAAGAAGUUUUUAUAAUGUUGAUGUGUAAAUGGAUUUUAUCAUGGUUUUAACUAAUUAUCAUAGUAGAAAACCGCUCAGUUAAAUUUUUUUCUUAAAUUUGUAUAAAGUGUUUAAAUAAAAAUAUCAGAAAUAUCAAUAAAUAUGAUUAAUAUUUUACUUCUAUCAAAUAAAUAAACUAUAUGCCCGUACA